CUUUACGGCAGUGUCGCGCCGCGUCGGCUUUUCGCGGCAGCGGAACCCGCGGGCCGGAAGGCAGGUGCUUAAACUGGGAUUUGAUUUCUCAUCCUAUGGAUCACUGAAAGAAUAACAGAUGGCCUUGCCUCGUCUUACAGGCGCUUUACGCUCCUUUUCAAAUGUCACUAAACAUGAGGAUUACAGUGAAGAAUUAGCUGACUUAACGACUAAAAGAUCAAAGCUACAUGCACAGUUGCUGAAGCCUGAGCUUACUUGGAAGAAGAUAAUAAAGUUUGUUGAUGACAAUUUGGACAAAAAAGAAUACCAAACUGUAAAUGGUGAUUUAAAAACUAUAUUACAAGCUGCAAAACAAAUAGUUGGAGCUGAAAAUGGACAAGAAGCAAUUGAAAGUGGAGCUGUUUUUCUCUUUAAGACAUUUCACAGGAAAGAAUGUGUUGGCCACGAUGAGACAAAGGCGAUCAAGCAGAUGUUUGGGCCAUUUCCAUCAUCAUCUGCUACUGCAGCUUGUAAUGCCACAUGUCGGAUUGCUUCUCACUUCACUGAAGAACAGUUUACAGCCCUCAUACAGAUGGCUGAAGAACAAAGUGAUGAAAACAGAGUGGUCUUUGGUAAAAAUAUAGUAUUUUCAUUUGACAUGCAUGAUUUGGAUCACUCUGAGGAGCUGCCUGUGAAUGGUGAGACCGACGCGCAGAAUACUAUAAGCUUAGAUUAUAACAGAUUUCUGAAUAACCAGCUGAAUCGCUUACAGAAUUACUGUGGUGAGAAAUCUGAUCUCAAGUCUUUGGAAAAAGUAGAUGAUUCUUUCUUAUGGAGUGAAGUCGGAAAGUAUCUGAAUGAAUCUCAAGGGGGUACCCCUGGAGGGCCAACAACAGAAGACCUCUGCUGUACUUUGUACGAGAUGCUUGCUUCUACCAAAAGUGGUGAUGAACUUCAAAAUGAGUUAUUUGAACUGCUAGGCCCUGAAGGUUUUGAACUUAUAGAGAAACUCCUACAGAAUAGAUCUCUGAUUCUGGAAAGAUCUUUGACUUGUCCAAAUGAUAACAGGUUCCAGACUCUGCAAGAACAGUGCAAGAAGUUUAUAGGAGAAAAUGCUAAGCCCAAUUAUGGUUGUCAAGUUACAAUUCAGUCUGAACAAGAAAAGCUGUUAAUGAAACAAUAUCGUCGGGAGGAAAAGCGAAAUGCCAGAAAAGAGAAACAAACUGGGGAAGAUGGAGAAGUUUCUGGAGAAGGACUAACGUGCUUUGAUCCCAAAGAGCUGCGGAUGCAAAGAGAGCUAGCACUUUUGAAUGCUCGAAGUAUGCCAGUCCUAGGUAGACAGAGAGAGAUGGAGUUUGAAAAAAUUCAUUAUCCGCAUGUUUAUGAUUCCCGAGCUGAAGCUAUGAAAACAUCAGCAUUCAUUGGAGGUGCAAAGGUGUUCUUACCAGAGGCAGUUCAGAGAGAAAACAAUAAAAUGUAUGAAGAGGUAAAGAUCCCACAUAGUGAACCAAUGCCUAUUGGUAUUGAAGAGAAAAUUGUUUAUAUUAAAGACUUAGAUGAGAUUGGACAACUUGCUUUUAAAGGCAUGAAAAGACUAAACCGAAUCCAAUCGAUAGUUUUUGAGACUGCCUACAACACGAACGAGAAUAUGCUAAUCUGUGCCCCCACUGGAGCUGGGAAGACUAACAUUGCCAUGCUGACAAUCCUUCAUGAAAUUCGCCAGCAUGUCCAGCAUGGCGUUAUCAAAAAGGAUGAGUUUAAGAUUGUGUAUGUUGCUCCUAUGAAGGCUUUGGCAGCUGAAAUGACAAAUUACUUCAGCAAGCGUCUGGAACCACUAGGCAUUACUGUGAAAGAGUUGACUGGUGAUAUGCAGCUGUCAAAAGGUGAAAUUCUGCGAACACAGAUGCUUGUGACUACUCCAGAGAAAUGGGAUGUUGUGACAAGAAAAAGUGUUGGUGAUGUAGCCCUCUCUCAGAUGGUUAAACUUUUGAUUCUCGAUGAAGUUCAUCUGUUGCAUGAAGAUAGAGGGCCAGUACUUGAAAGUAUAGUAGCACGUACUUUACGACAGGUUGAAUCUACGCAAAGUAUGAUUAGGAUUUUGGGCCUUUCAGCUACAUUACCCAAUUAUCUUGAUGUGGCUACAUUUCUACACGUCAAUCCCUACAUUGGACUAUUCUACUUUGAUGGCCGUUUCCGACCUGUACCACUGGGGCAAACCUUUAUAGGAAUUAAGACAACCAAUAAGGUGCAGCAACUGAAUCAUAUGGAUGAAGUAUGUUAUGAAAAUGUGCUGAAGCAAAUAAUGGCUGGACACCAGGUGAUGGUGUUUGUUCAUGCUAGAAAUGCCACAGUACGAACUGCUAUGGGUCUUCGAGAAAAAGCAAAAAACAAUGGUCAUAUUUGUCACUUUUUGUCACCCCAAGGAUCGGAUUAUGGUCAAGCUGAAAAACAGGUACAGAGAUCCAGAAAUAAGCAGUUACGUGAGCUGUUUCCAGAUGGAUUUAGUAUUCAUCAUGCAGGAAUGCUGCGGCAAGACAGAAAUCUGGUUGAGAACUUGUUUUCUAACGGACAUAUCAAAGUCCUAGUUUGUACAGCUACGCUAGCCUGGGGUGUCAAUCUUCCUGCUCAUGCUGUUGUUAUUAAGGGAACACAAAUAUAUGCUGCAAAAAGAGGCUCCUUUGUUGACCUUGGAAUUCUAGAUGUCAUGCAGAUAUUUGGUCGAGCUGGACGGCCUCAGUUUGACAAAUUCGGGGAAGGCAUCAUUAUUACAACUCACGAUAAGCUCAGUCAUUACCUGACUCUUCUUACUCAGCAGAAUCCAAUUGAAAGCCAGUUUCUUGAAAGCCUUGCAGACAACCUAAAUGCAGAGAUUGCUCUUGGAACAGUAACUAAUGUGGAAGAAGCAGUAAAGUGGAUAAGUUACACUUAUCUUUAUGUACGGAUGAGAGCAAAUCCAUUAGUAUAUGGCAUCAGUCACAAAGCUUAUCAGAUGGAUCCAGGUCUAGAAAAGCACAGAGAACAAUUGGUAAUUGAAGUCGGCAGAAAACUGGACAAAGCCCGCAUGAUUCGCUUUGAAGAGCGAACUGGCUUUUUUUCUUCAACAGAUUUAGGCAGAACUGCCAGCCACUACUAUAUUAAAUACAAUACUAUAGAGACUUUUAAUGAAUUGUUUGAUGCUCAUAAAACAGAAGGUGAUAUUCUUGCUAUAGUAUCAAAAGCUGAAGAAUUUGAACAGAUAAAGGUAAGAGAAGAAGAAAUAGAAGAGCUGGAUACCUUACUGAAUGAUUUCUGCGAACUUCCUGCUCCAGGAGGUGUGGAAAACAAUUAUGGAAAAAUUAAUAUCCUCCUUCAAACAUAUAUUAGCAGAGGGGAGAUGGACAGCUUCUCCCUUAUUUCGGAUUCUGCAUAUGUUGCACAGAAUGCAGCUCGUAUUGUUCGAGCUCUUUUUGAGAUUGCCCUUAGGAAACGUUGGCCUGCAAUGACAUAUCGACUACUGAAUCUCAGCAAAGUCAUUGACAAGCGGCUGUGGGGCUGGGUUAGCCCUUUGAGACAGUUCUCAGUGUUACCACCAUCAGUCCUUUCAAAGUUGGAAGAGAAGAAUCUCACUAUAGACAAGAUGAAGGACAUGAGGAAAGAUGAAAUAGGUCAUAUGCUGCAUCAUGUGAAGAUUGGGUUAAAGGUAAAACAAUGUGUCCAUCAAAUCCCCUCCAUCAUAAUGGAAGCAACGAUUCAGCCAAUUACCCGCACGGUCCUCCGAGUUCGGCUGAACAUCACUCCUGACUUCACAUGGAAUGAUCAGGUACACGGCACUGUUGGAGAGCCCUGGUGGAUUUGGGUGGAAGACCCUACUAAUGAUCACAUUUACCAUUCAGAGUACUUCAUUGUUCAAAAAAAACAGGUCAUUACUAAAGAACCUCAAAUGCUGGUGUUCACAAUCCCAAUUUUUGAACCUCUACCUUCUCAAUAUUACAUUCGAGCUGUGUCCGAUAGAUGGUUAGGAGCAGAGGCUGUAUGCAUCAUAAAUUUUCAACAUUUGAUUCUUCCAGAAAGACAUCCUCCACACACAGAGCUUCUAGAUCUUCAGCCUUUGCCUAUCACAGCCUUGGGACAUCGGGAAUAUGAAGCCCUGUACAAAUUCACACACUUCAACCCUAUCCAGACCCAGAUAUUUCAUACACUUUAUCACACAGACUGUAAUGUUCUUCUUGGAGCACCUACAGGUUCUGGAAAAACUGUUGCAGCUGAAUUAGCAAUCUUCAGAGUUUUUAACAAGUAUCCCACAUCAAAGGCAGUGUAUAUUGCACCCUUAAAAGCACUCGUUCGUGAAAGAAUUGAGGACUGGAAAGUUAGGAUUGAAGAAAAACUUGGUAAAAAGGUUGUAGAGUUGACAGGAGAUGUGACUCCUGAUAUGAGAGCUAUUGCCCAAGCUGACCUGAUUGUUACUACCCCAGAGAAGUGGGAUGGUGUUAGCAGAAGCUGGCAGAACAGAAGCUAUGUUCAGAAAGUUUCCAUUCUUAUCAUAGAUGAGAUCCAUCUAUUAGGGGAUGAGAGAGGCCCAGUAUUGGAAGUCAUUGUGUCUCGAACAAACUUCAUCUCAUCUCACACAGAGAAGCCUGUAAGAGUAGUUGGUUUAUCCACUGCUUUAGCAAAUGCCAGAGACCUUGCUGACUGGCUAAAUAUUAAUCAGAUGGGUCUGUUCAACUUCCGACCGUCAGUACGCCCAGUUCCUCUGGAGGUGCAUAUUCAGGGCUUCCCUGGGCAGCACUACUGUCCUCGCAUGGCUAGCAUGAACAAACCUGCAUUUCAGGCAAUUCGGAGUCAUUCUCCAGCCAAGCCUGUUCUUAUUUUUGUAUCAUCCAGACGUCAGACAAGGCUUACUGCUUUAGAUCUGAUAGCUUUCCUAGCCACUGAGGAUGAUCCCAAACAAUGGCUGAAGAUGGAUGAAAGAGAGAUGAAUGACAUUAUAGUAACAGUUAGAGAUUCAAAUCUGAAGCUGACACUUGCUUUUGGAAUAGGCAUGCACCAUGCAGGUCUGCAUGAAAGAGACAGGAAAACUGUGGAAGAAUUGUUUGUGAACUGCAAAAUCCAGGUUCUUAUUGCCACAAGCACAUUAGCUUGGGGUGUAAAUUUUCCAGCUCAUUUAGUAAUUGUUAAAGGAACAGAAUACUAUGAUGGAAAAACAAGGCGUUAUGUGGAUUAUCCCAUUACAGAUGUGCUUCAGAUGAUGGGACGUGCUGGCAGACCACAGUUUGAUGACCAAGGAAAAGCUGUAAUUCUAGUUCAUGAUAUUAAGAAAGACUUCUACAAAAAAUUCCUUUAUGAACCUUUCCCAGUGGAAUCAAGCUUAUUAGAAGUGCUGGCUGACCACUUGAAUGCUGAAAUUGCCGCUGGAACUAUUACUUCUAAGCAGGAUGCAAUGGAUUAUAUCACCUGGACUUAUUUCUUCCGUAGACUUAUAAUGAACCCAACUUACUAUAACUUGGAUGAUGUGAGCCAUGACACCAUGAAUAAGUACCUCUCAAGCCUUGUUGAGAAAUCCCUCUUUGAUUUGGAAUGCUCCUACUGUAUUGAAAUUGGGGAGGAUAAUUGCAGCGUUGAACCACUGACAUACGGCCGCAUUGCUUCCUAUUACUAUUUGAAGCAUCCAACUAUUGGAAUGUUCAAAGAUCAGUUGAAACCUGAAAGCAACAUUGAAGAAUUGCUCUUAAUUCUGACAAAUGCUGAGGAGUACACAGAUUUGCCAGUGAGACACAAUGAAGAUCAGAUGAACAGUGAACUGGCAAAACAUCUUCCAAUUGAAGUCAACCCCCAUUCAUUUGACAGUUCACACACAAAAACACACCUCCUGCUUCAAGCCCACUUCAGUCGUGCCAUGCUGCCUUGCCCAGAUUAUGCAACUGAUACAAAGACGGUGCUGGACCAAGCAAUUAGGAUAUGUCAGACUUUUCUGACUGAUGGUGGGAGCUGUAGCUACUGCUCCUCACACAAAAGGUACUGUCUGGCCAUAUCAGCACAGCUACAAACAGCAGAGGUGCCCAAGCUGCAGUUCCUGGACUAAAACAAGAAUGUCCCUCAGUUCUGGACUUCGCAUCCUUCCCAAACCUCCUCAGUUCAUAACAGCCACUAAAACUACUGACUUGGGAGCCAUAUCACUUGGAUCAUUUGUUUUCCUGCCUGUGAGGAAAUGGAGAAGUUCUUGAAGGUCCCAAGUGUGUUUUUAUGCUCAUAUGUUGUCUGUUGUUAGUGCAGGAGUGCUGAUCAUUUGCUGCAAGGUGGUGGGAGUUAAAAAAAAGGCCUUCUUUACAGUUGUGUAUGUAAGAUUUGUCCAGAAGUGCCCCAGGGCAAGAGAUAAUUGCUUUGUUUUAUAGGUGCAUUGGCAACUAUAAAUAAAUGGGCAGCUUUGCUGAAGGAAGGGAAGAGAAUCAAACUUGAGAAUGCAGAGGAUUAUUCAGAAACAAGUGGAGAGCAAAGGCCGUAUCUCUUGAGCUACUACACAUAUUCUUUUUGUAUGUAAUAAUACUCCAGUGAUAGCACUAUGUUUGCAAUUUGACUUAAAUACUGGCUGCUUUCAUGGUUAGAUGGCUAUUAUUCCACCGGAUGGUGGAAAUAUAAUAAUCAAAAAACUUGUAGCACAGAUACUGGAUGUUAGUGCUCAUUUAUAGAUACUGAGCAGCAACGGAGAGCUUUGUUCAGAAAGUACCUGGACAAGUUGGGGUGGAACUACUUGUUUCCUGCUUGUGGUUUAUAGGUAUAUAUGUGGGAGACGGAUAGUCACCUUCGUGGCAGUGGUGCUGGGGUCUUUGCUUGCUGUGGAUAAUUGGUGAACUGCUAUAUAGGAGCAUCUUGGUGGCAGUUUAAUGAUGAUUUGGUGCUCCUUAUAUAUAAUCCUUCCCCAACCCAUGGCAAACCUUUUCCCAGUUGGGGCUGGAGGAAAUGAGUAAUGCUUAACCCAUUUGUGUGAUCAAUUCACUUAAGCAGCUACUGUGAAAUGUUAAUCACAACUUUAAUUUGUACUGCAUUAGCAUUUUGAUUAACUUGUAGGCUUGCUAGCACACUUGAAGCACUUUUACUCAUAGUUACAGCUCGGAAAUGACUUUUUGAUUAAUUAAGUUUGUUAGACAGCAGCUGAGCUUCCUGAAUGCUAACCCUAUGGGGCUAAAAGUUCAGGAGAAAGUUACUAGGAAUAACUGUUGCUGUUGAAAAGGAUUCUUGUGAAUUCUGCUUCACUCAAAAAUUUUUCAUUAUUAACAAAAUAUUACGUUACUGCUUUGAAACUGACUUUAAACUCUAAAGCGGGCAGAUUUAUUAUGAGAAAUAUGCUGUAUAUUUUUCAUGAGUUUGGUAGAUUUUUGUAAGAUUUGGAACAAAUGCCAUCUUGAAGACCUUGUUUAUGUUAGGAGACUGAUUUCUUGCUAAGAGAUUUUUAUUAAAAACAUUUUAUUGUAUUUACAGUUCACUAGCAUAGUAGAGAAUAUAAAUUUAUUAAUUAAUAAUUUGAAAAUAAAUUGGAUAUUGGGACUCAACAAGCUGUGAACAUGUUGGGUUCUGCCCUACCAAGUUUACAUUGUUGGUGUCACAUGCCAUAGCUGCUCUUAACUGUGUAAUACUAUCCAAAAAAAAAAAAAAAAGGAACCCAAGGGUUGCACUCCAUUAAAUGUAGAUAGUAAGUGAUUUGUCCUUUCCCUGGUUCUGAUUGUAUUAAUAAUGUUACUAUGGAGGCUAAAGGAUGAACAUAGGGAUAGGAAUCUUACAAAGCAGCUAGGAAGGUUGUAAUUUGCAUAUAUCAGUGAGACCUUUAUGAUGAUGGGAGAAUGAAGUUUUAGUCUCUCAUAGGAGGUAGCAGAGCAUAUGGAAAAGGGAGCUGAAUAUGCUUGUAAAAAAAGGGACACAGAGGGCGGUAUAAAAGGAGUGCCUCCUGAAUAGGAUUAGUUACAUCUUAUUCACUAUAUCUCCUGGUGAAGUACAAGGCGGGGGGUGGGGGGGUGUUGCUCUGUAGGCUGAAACUAUACUGCUGUAUGUCUGAUUUAAUUGAUCUGAAAGAAUCAAUUAAAUCAGACUCUUCCCCUCCCCAAAUUAAUAAAUUUCUAAAAAGUGAUUUUGGUCUAGAUCUCUGAAGUGCAAAGGAUCUGUAGAUACCUGUUUUACGUACAAAACAUAACGUACAAAAGACAGUGACCUUAAAACCUUCUGUAAGACUUCUUCAAACAAAUUCCAGCUUUUCAACUAAGUUGUUGUUUCUGGGGUAUAUAAUUGAAGCAUCAUAAUCAUGAUUUAUAUAAAAACAUGAAACUUAUAGUAUACGAUAUACUUUAACAUCUGGAAAAAUGUUUUGCUUGUAUUAGUGGUUGAUCUCAAGUCACAUGUGGAUCAUAAUAUAACAUUACAUAUUGGAAGGCUUCCUAUGUUUGAAGCAUGUGCAAAAAAGAUUUAUUAUUGUGAAUUCAUAGUUUUCAGGAAAAUUAAUACACUUUUGCAUAUUAUUGUCUAUAAAUAUUUGUCAUAUAAACUCUGUAGUCCUAAACAGCUGUAAUUAGACACCAUUUAAAAGAUUUUAAUAGAUCUAUGGAUUUAAAGUCAUAUUUCUAACUGAAGUCUAGUCCUAGACAACAGAACUUACAUUAACAUGCAGCAGAGACACGAGUGGGGUAUUUUGAUUAUUUGAUAUUGGACUAC